CAUGAUGUCAUCAAUUUGCGCCGGAAAAAUAGUGCAUUCGUGCUGAAAUGAAGGCUUAAUACAUUUACUAAAAUGAUGCUAGUACACCUUUUGAGAUCUUGACAUUUUUCCGGUUUCACGAAUGAUGUGGCAUUUGUAAAGAAGUAGGAGAUGAUUGUAUAUGUUCUAUGAAAGCGUGUAAAACCGGAAAUAUAUGUCAACAUGUCUUUCUUUGUAGAUUCCGUAAUCAUGUUCACGUCUCAGGUGCUGUUUUUUGGAUUUGGUUGGCUGUUUUUUAUGCGGCAGUUAUUUAAAGAUUAUGAGGUGCGACAGUAUGUGGUGCAAGUGGUUUUCUCCAUCACGUUUGCAUUCUCCUGCACAAUGUUUGAACUCAUUAUCUUUGAAAUCCUUGGAGCAUUAAGUAGCACGUCCAGAUAUUUUCACUGGAAGCUAAAUUUGUAUGUUAUAUUGCUGGUUCUAAUCUUCGUAGUGCCUUUCUACAUUGGCUACUUUGUGGUCAGUAAUAUACGCUUGUUGCAGAGACAGAGGUUGUUGAUUGCGUGUGUCGUUUGGUUCACCUUCAUGUACUUUUUCUGGAAACUUGGAGACCCUUUUCCCAUAUUAAGUCCAAAACAUGGUAUUCUGUCUAUAGAGCAGCUCAUCAGCCGUGUCGGAGUUAUUGGGGUUACACUGAUGGCACUGCUGUCUGGAUUUGGUGCUGUGAACUGCCCCUACACAUACAUGUCUUAUUUUCUGAGGAAUGUUACAGACAGUGACAUUCUGGCCCUGGAGAGACGGCUGCUUCAGACCAUGGACAUGAUUGUCAGUAAAAAGAAAAGAAUUGCCAUGACAAGGAGGCAGAUGUACCAGAGAGGAGAGGACCAAAACAAACAGACUGGAUUCUGGGGGAUGCUCAAGAGCGUUACUUCCUCUCCUCCAGGCAGUGAGAAUCUGUCUCUGAUCCAGCAUGAGGUAGAUGCUCUAGAGGAGCUCAGUAGGCAACUCUUCUUAGAGACAGUGGACCUACAGGCUACCAAGGAACGGAUAGAAUACUCAAAGACGUUUCAAGGAAAAUACUUCAACUUUUUGGGGUACUUCUUCUCCAUUUAUUGUGUGUGGAAGAUAUUCAUGGCUACUAUCAACAUAGUCUUUGACCGUGUGGGGAAGACUGACCCAGUGACAAGAGGGAUUGAGAUUACGGUCAACUACUUGGGAAUUCAGUUUGAUGUAAAAUUCUGGUCGCAGCACAUUUCUUUUAUCCUGGUUGGGAUCAUCAUUGUCACCUCCAUCCGAGGCCUUUUAAUCACUCUCACUAAGUUCUUCUAUGCCAUCUCUAGCAGCAAAUCAUCCAAUGUGAUAGUACUGGUCCUGGCCCAGAUCAUGGGGAUGUACUUUGUGUCCUCUGUGUUGCUCAUGCGCAUGAGCAUGCCCCUGGAAUACCGCACCAUCGUAACAGAGGUCCUAGGAGAGCUGCAGUUCAACUUCUACCACCGCUGGUUUGAUGUGAUCUUCCUCGUCAGUGCUCUGUCCAGCAUCCUCUUCCUCUACCUGGCACACAAGCAGGCACCUGAGAAGCACAUGACCCUGUAACCUACUGAGUGACCUUAUCUGAGGGAAAAGGACUGAAGUGUUUCACUGCUUCUUCCUCCUGUUUCUUUAUUAAAUUCCAGCAGGACUGAAUUUCCUGAAUCAGGAAUAGACUAAAUACGUAUGGUUUGGUUUGAAGACGAAGAUGGUAUUUAGUUAAUCAAAUUCUAUUGGAGUUAAUGGUCUACGGUGGUAUUUUAAUAGACGUUUUUCUCUAAAAAUAUAAACAAGUGUUUGUUUCUUUUUUUAUGCGUUGUCUUUGUUUAUUGGAUCAGACAUACAGUCAGCAUUGCUAGCAGCAUAGUCAUGGCGAGUUUUCCACUGUUAUAAAUUCACUAGUGUUAUAAAUUCAUUAAUAAUUCAGUUUCUGUGUAUCAUUAUAUGAACCAAAUUCAUUGGAUUAGUCCAUGUGAAAUUUUACAUACAAUAAACGAGCAUCUUGUUUUCAGAAUACAA